AUGGGCUUCGAAGUUUCUUCGGAUUAUGGUUAUGUUAUCCUCGUUUUACCUGCUACAUGGGUUAUCAUGAAUUUCCUAGCCUUAAAUGUUAUGAAAGCUAGAAAGAAGUAUAACGUUGAGUAUCCCAACCUAUACUCAAAUAAUCACAAUUUUAACUGUGUUCAAAGAGCUCAUCAGAAUACAUUAGAGAAUUUGCCAUUUUUUAUCAUGUUUUUAUUGACUGGUGGACUUAUGUUUCCAAAAUUGUGUGCAGCUAGUGGAGUAUUAUAUUUAAUUAGUAGAUUAGUUUAUGCUCAUGGUUAUUAUACAGGAGAUCCUGCUAAAAGAAAUUAUGGUGCUUUUGGUUAUGCUGGACUAAUAACCCUUAUAGUAUGCACUGUUAUUACUGGAUUAAAUAUGCUUGGUUUGGUGUAAAAAGAUACAACAUUAGUAAAUCUAUGAUGAUCACACACAAAUUUCUGCAAAGAUCCUUUUUUUAAUUUUGUACAUUUGUUAGUUUAUAUCUAGUAAUAUUUUCAUUUUUGGAAUAAAAUUUAUCCAC